UCAGACGAUCUCUAAGAUUCUAAGUACACCUGUUUCCUGUCGGCCGUUUAAGUUCCUCCUUUUUCCAAAAAGGUUUUAUGAAAUCAGGAACGGACUACCAUGAAUCGUGAAAAUCGGUCAUCGCUGCUAAGUGAAGUGAAGUCAUACAGCCCAUCAAGAUUGAGGCAAGUAGAGACUAGAGUGACCAGAUACGGGGGACAUCAGGAAUUGGAGAGGAAGACCGAUUCCGGCGGAUUUCGUAUUCGAUCUGAAGAUAGUGACGUGCCAAUUCGAAGACAGUGGUUUGCACCGGACUACAGACCAGACCUUCAGGUCGCACUAAUUCUUCCAGGACUACUUUUAGGGUCCCAAGAUGUAGCCAAAGACCUUGCCAGAUUACGCAAACUAGGCAUCACACACAUCCUAAAUGUUGCCACGGGCGUUCCAAACUGCUUUCCGGCGGAGAUGUCCUACAAGCGGCUCAACAUACGAGACCAUCCCAGCAUGGACAUCAAGCACCAUUUUGAGGACUGCUUCAGGUUCAUCGACUCUGGUCGCAAGCAAGGUUGGGUAUUUGUCCACUGCAAUGCUGGAGUUUCCCGAGCUGCUACCAUCUGCAUCGGCUACCUCAUGAGUCGUCAAGGCAUGCGUUUCAAAGAUGCCAUCACCAAGGUGAAAGACGCUAGACCAAUCAUCUGCCCCAAUGAAGGGUUUAUCAGACAGUUGAAAGAGUAUGAAGAAGAACUCUUCGGUGGUUAAACCACCUGUUAAAUGUAGCAUUAUCAUUACAUGGAGCAAGGAUCAAAAUUUAAUGUAUUUUCGAACGAAAAGCACCAAAACUUGUUACAGUGAUAUCUGUGUAAGUUGUACACUUGCUGUGCACUACUUUAGUGGUCAUUUUAAGCAGGUGAUCAACUUAUAGAGGUUGAAUUAUAAGAUAAUAUCUAAUUCUGUGCCUGAAAAUUGUGGUCAACUUAGACAGGUGGUCAACUUACAAGGCUGGUCAACUUUACAGGUUUUACUGUAUUCUCAUAUGACUUUAAAAUGCAGGCAUCUGAGGACUUUUAUUUCCAGUUUUCCCGGAAUUGUUUUCAGCAUCAGGGAGCCAGCAUUUUUCUACAUUAUUUGAUUAGUGUAAGACUUGAAAAGUUGUAUUAAGUAUUUGGAAUCGUAUGAUUAAUUUGUGACGGGCGUUUAAAAUUUGCUUUGAAACGAAAGGAAGUUUCCACCAUUUUAGCUUGCUCGUGAAAAUUGCGCUAUAUGCCAUUUGGAUAGGCAAUUUCAAGGGUGGUUUACAUUAGUUUAAGAUCACCAGAUAUUUCAAAGCCUGCUGGUUCUUUAAAGUAUGAUUGGUAUGAUCUUUUUUUUUGUCGACCAAACUUUUUUUUUUUUGAACUUAAUUCAAAAAACGAAUGAAAUAUUCAAUUGUUGGAAAAGUGAUGUGUAUAAAUUUUACUGACUAAAUUCAUCUCUCUUUCAACUAAUUUUGUAAAACAGAAAAUUAACGUCUUAGCUCUAUAGCAGCAACUAGUUUUUUGUUAUAGUAUACACGUGACUUGUGAACCCUCAUUUUCAUCAUGUUCUCAUGCAUUUUUCCAUACAUGUAAUAUUUUCCGUGACACAAAUACAUUGCAUUUAUGAUGUAUAUGAAUGUUUUGUUUUUACUUUCGGAAAUAAAAAGCAUUAAAUGUAUAUUUGUUACUUAGAGAAAAUAUCAUUUUAAAUGACUA